CACACUUAUUGGCCGCCGUAAGUUCUAAACGUCAACAUAAAUUUUUCAGCAGUGCGCAUUAUUUUUAAUUUUUGGGAGAGUGCAUUGAAAUUUCUAUCAUUUUCGUUCAACAAUUUUUUCACACGACUUUGACGAUUUGCUACGAAAUCCACCGAAAGUGAGGCAACUAAACGUAUUUUCAAACAGUUAAACACAGUGCAUGCAUUAAAGGUACAGCGGUGCAAGGGCUCAAGAUCAAAGUUCGAGUUAGGCGUAGUGAAAAGUAAAAACUCACACAAAUUCCUACAAUAUGACAGUAUCCGCUGAGGCAGCUGACUCUAACAGCAAUGCAGCCGGCAACGAAUCCUCAUCCAUUUUGUUCGGCAUCGUAGAGGAGAUUUUCUAUAGCCCACUAAAUUUGGCACUUGUAGCAGUCAUUGUAUUCCUUUUUUACAAAAUAAUAAAGGAUCGUUAUGAAGUGCCGCGGGACAGAUCGGCUGAUGGUGCUUCACAAGUACCUGAUCUUCCUAAAAUGCGACGAGAUUUUACCAUACAAGAGUUACGUGCAUAUGAUGGAAAUGGACCGGAUGGCAGAAUACUUAUAGCCGUAAAUGGAACUGUAUAUGACGUCACAAAAGCAAAGCGUUUUUACGGCCCAGGUGGGCCAUAUGCGUCAUUUGCUGGAAGGGACGCAUCUCGCAAUUUGGCAACUUUUAACGUCGAACCAAAUAACAAAGAGGAAUAUGAUGAUCUAAGUGACUUAAAUGCUAUGGAAAUGGAUUCUGUACGGGAAUGGGAGAUGCAAUUUAAAGAAAAAUACGAUCUAGUGGGAAAAUUACUGCGUAAAGGUGAGCAACCUACAAACUACGACGACGAAGAAGAAGACUCUAAUGAGGUAAUCACAGAUAUUAACGCUACUUCCGCUGGUCCCACCGCCAAUGCAAGUAAUGAUGAUGGUGUUAGGAAGCGUGCCGCUAACUCAAACGAUGAGGAAGUUAAAUAAAGAGUAGUUGUCUUACUAAUAUUUGUCCUGGAAUCCCAAUUAAUAGAUCUAAAAAAUUUUAGUUUACAAAAUUUAUUUAAUUAAAACAUUGAAAAAUCUCCACUGAAAAGUUUUACGAUGCUUAUCAGUAGAUACAUGAAAAGAUAAAAAAUCUGCAAUUUUUUAAGCAAUUUAAAAUUUUUAUUUGAUUUUAUGCACAUCCUAGCCGAUAUUACGCAAAUUGUGUCUUAUUUGUUCUUUUCAAUGUUCUCAUUUAAACAUACUAUGAAUUGUGGUUGGUAUAUUCUCUAGCUCAUAAAUCUGAAAAAUAACUUGGUUUAAUGAAAUGUCUUUAAAAAAGCAACACAUAAAAUAAUAUAUUCAGGGAGUAUAUUUGCAAAUGGCGAAAAUAUGAUCCAGAAAAUAUGUUAUUUACUUAAUUUUAAAUAUAACACAAUAUCUGCGGCUUUAGAUGUAAUCUUUUAUUCCGAGAAACUAUAUACAUAUGUGUUAUGUGUAUUGUUCAAGUAAAUAUAUUUAUAAAAAACUCA